AGAAGAAGAAGCGGUGAAGCCGGCUCCACCAAUGAAUGCCGACUGGGAGGAAACAUUGCCUUUUCUCUUUCUGGUCGCAUUUAAGCUUGUAAAAAGCAUGAAGUCGUAGCUGUGAAUGUUUAUUUAACUCCCUUAAACUGUUUUCUAGUUAUAAAAAAAGACUAGCUAUCUCCCCUCGGGUCGCUCCGCGGUUGGUUCCCGGUGUUUGGGCUGUGUGGUCGGACCGGGAGACUCUGCAGAGAUGUCCGACAACGGUGGCUCGGCUGUCGGCCUCCUGUCUUACGAGACUCUGGUUCAUGCUGUGGCAGGUGCAAUGGGGAGUGUGACUGCUAUGACCGUCUUCUUCCCUUUGGACACGGCCAAAAGCAGACUGCAGGUGGAUGAGAAGCGAAAGGCUAAGUCUACCCCCAUCAUCCUGGCUGAGAUAGCAAAGGAAGAAGGCCUUCAGUCUCUGUACAGGGGCUGGUUACCAGUCAUCUCCAGCCUCUGCUGCUCCAACUUUGUCUACUUCUACACCUUCAACACACUGAAGAAGCUAAUGGCAUCCGGUCCAGGCACGUCCAGACCCGGCAAAGACCUGCUCAUGGGGGUCGUAUCAGGGGUGGUGAAUGUGAUCCUGACCACUCCCAUGUGGGUGGUGAAUACUCGAUUGAAGCUGCAGGGAGCAAAGUUCAGAAACGAAGACCUCCAGCAGACCCAGUACAGGGGCAUAUUUGAUGCUUUCUCACAGAUUAUUGCCAAUGAGGGCGUGGGAACUCUGUGGAACGGCACUCUGCCCUCUCUCAUCCUCGUCCUCAACCCGGCAGUACAGUUCAUGUUUUAUGAGGCCAUGAAGAGGAGGGCAGGGAAAGGAGGAAAGAGGAUAUCCUCAGCAGAGAUCUUUCUCAUUGGAGCCAUUGCCAAGGCCAUCGCUACCACUGCAACAUAUCCUCUUCAGACAGUUCAGGCCAUCCUGAGGUUCGGCCAGUACAAAGGUGAUGGCAAAGGCGGCGUGAUCGGAAGCCUCUCGAACAUUUUCUCCCUGCUCGUGGAUCGAAUCAAGAGGUAUGGCGUUCUCGGCCUGUACAAAGGCCUGGAGGCCAAGCUGCUACAGACAGUGCUGACGGCUGCCCUCAUGUUUGUGGUGUAUGAGAAGAUCACUGCUGCUACCUUCAAAGUCAUGGGCCUGAACAAGAAACUGAAGCAGUGAACACACGGCCAGCUGGAAACAGUACAAGUAUUAGAUCCCCACGCUUGCCGAAAACAUACACCACAACCAGGGAUAGGUGUAAUACUUUUAAUACACUCUUUCUUAACCUUUAACUGGUUCCAUUUGUGCAGACUGGCCUUAAUUUAUUCCACUGGUGAGCCUCUGGUGAUCUUACAGGAGCUGAAUUGAGUUUGAUUCUCGAGGUAAAGGGACGCAAAUUAGUGUCACUAACUCCAAUAAGUUAUGAGAAUGUGUUUGUCCUUUGAUUUGGCUGUAUUCAAAAAAAUCUUCUGAUGUAAGUAGUUUAUUAAAUGCAGAGCUAAAGUGGCCCCAAUCGUAAUUUAUUUAACCUUUUUGAGGCUAAAUUAAUCAUUGUGAACAUUGAAUCAUAUCUUAGCAUAAAAUAAAAGUAAAAAACACCAGCUGAGAUUUUAAAAGUAGUUUGGAAAAACUUGUAAAAGGAGAGCUUAGGACAAAGUCUGGAAACGGCUAGCCUGGUCUUUUCGAAAGGCGACUAAAUCUGCCUACCAGCACUUCUAAAUCCCAGUUCAGACCAAAAAUUCACGACGAGUGGAAAAUCUUUGUGCUAAGCUAAGGUAGCUUCAUAUUUAAGUGUUACAGAUAUGAGAGCAGUGACUAUAACAUAACCCAAUGUCAAUAAAGUUUUUCUGAUUCUCAUCUAAAUCUUGGCAAGAAAGUGAAUAAGCCUGUUUCCCAAAAUAUCCGACUGUUUUUAAUGUGAGGGGGUUUGUUGCAAAUAAUGAGACCAAUAAGGCACCUAGCUACUGAGGAUUGCCUUGAUCUAAGCUACUGGACCAGGCUUCACAUACUGUCUUAUGUUUUAACUGUGAAUUUAACUCAGUUUGAUAGAAACCUCAUGAAAUUCCUGCCAGAUAAAUGUUUUUAAUGCACUGAUUUGAGAUUAUUACACACAAAUUAGAAGUUAUAAGAGCAGUGAAAGGGAGAGAAGUGCAGAUCUCCCAUUCAUAUUUAUAGACUUGUGUGUAAAAUGUUUGUAAAAGAAACUUUUCCAGCUCAUAAAGGCUUUAAUUUUAACAUUCAUAAUAUAUUAAGUAAAAAUGAAUGUAAUAUAAACAGGAAUGAGAGUACUUAAGCCUACACAGUUACAUGUGUACAAAUACUGCAGUAGGUGCUAAAUUAUAUCACAAAACUGUACUAUGAACUGAGCUUUAAUGACUGUUGAUGAUUUACACAAACCCAUUAUGCACUUAACUGUCUGCUGCCUUCUUCAUGAUUGUAUUGGUCAGUAUGAACAUUUUAUCACGCAGGUGUCUUCCUUUAUUUACCUCAGCGUCCUGCUUUAUGUAGGGUAGUCGGAGCUCGCAGUAAUUUACCGCGUUUGUUAAUCACAGUGCUCUUUCUCUGAUUGGGUGAUCGGAUUUUUUUCAUUUUAAAAAUUUAAAAGUUGAUUUACUUCUUUUGUUGGUGUUAUAACUGGUUGUUAAAUCUGUUUAUGUGAGUUUUAAUCAUUACAAAAGGUGUUGCACUCAGUUUUACUUUGUAAAAUAACAUUUAAAGAGUUCAUCACCUUCCUGUGUAUGAAACUGUGCCAGUGGUGUAGCCUAGCUGCAAAUAGUGAUGCUGUCCUGACCUGUGCUGACUCACACACCUCCUGUCCUCAGGUACACCAUACACACAUGUGUCAGCAGACUGUAUAACUAUAAAAUGUAGCUUUCACUUCUGUUUUGUGCUUUAAAAGUAAGAAACUGUCUGUUCACACAUCAGCAAUUUCAUAACCCUACAAUAAGUCAUUGAGGUGCAGGCCAAGGUGUUUAUGGAGGUAAAAGUAGCAAAGAAUGAGGUAAUAAAUGUCUAAAUGUGGACUACCAGAAAAUAAAUGGUAAUAUCUGAGGACAGCAGGUGUGGAAAAGCAAAACAACACGAAAGAAAAUGUCCCAGGAGGAAGAAAUGAGUUUUAUUUAAUAGUAAAGAAGGAACCCAAACAUGAAUGUGUCACUAUUAGUUAUAAAACAGAUACUGGACUACACUGUGGAUGUUAAUUGUUAACUGUCUUCUUCAUAACUGUUUUUUUCUUUUCUGCCAAUGACAGAACUUGACAUUGCUGAAAUAUUUUGUCUUUACAGUUUACAUGAACAUAUUUUGUAACUGAUGCAAUACUUACUUGAAGUCAUCUUCACUUAUUUACAUUAUGAUUUUUUAAAAACAUAUAUUCUUUUCUAAUUUUGUCUCAAUUAAGCAUUAACAUACCACUGUUUUGGUGUCUAAAUUAUUGUUAUAACAUUAUAAUAAUAAUAAUAAAGUUUGAGAAACAAUA